CACAGGUAGCCUGCUGGGCAGGGCCUGGAAACAAAGUCAGGGUGGCUGAACUCCGGCUCGCCAGUCGCCCGCCAGGAACCUUGGAGUCGCCACCAUGGGGAUGUCCAAGUCACGGAGCUGCUUUGGCUACCCCUUGAGCAUCUUCUUCAUCGUGAUCAAUGAAUUCUGUGAAAGAUUCUCCUACUAUGGGAUGCGAGCACUCCUGGUCCUGUACUUCAGAAACUUCCUCCGCUGGGACGACGAUCUGGCCACGGCCAUCUACCAUACGUUCGCUGCCCUGUGCUACCUGACUCCGAUUCUCGGAGCUCUGAUCGCAGACUCAUGGCUGGGGAAGUUCAAGACAAUUAUUUCAUUAUCCAUCGUCUACACGAUCGGACAGGUAGUCAUCGCGGUGAGCUCCAUUAAUGAACUCACCGACCACAACCAGGAUGGGACUCCUGACAGCCUUCCUGUGCAUGUAGCGUUGUCCAUGAUUGGGCUGAUCCUGAUAGCCUUUGGCACAGGAGGAAUCAAGCCCUGCGUGUCUGCAUUUGGUGGCGAUCAGUUUGAAGAAGGUCAGGAAAAGCAGAGAAACCGGUUCUUUUCCAUCUUUUAUUUGGCCAUCAAUGCUGGAAGUCUGAUCUCCACGAUUGUCACACCCAUACUGAGGGUUCAGGAGUGUGGAAUUCACAGUAAACAAGCUUGUUACCCACUGGCCUUUGGGGUUCCGGCGGCUCUCAUGGCUGUUUCCCUAAUUGUGUUUGUCCUCGGGAGUGGGAUGUACAAGAAGUUCAAGCCCCAAGGCAACAUCAUGGGCAAAGUGGCCAAGUGCAUUGGUUUUGCCAUCAAAAACAGAUUUAGGCAUCGAAGUAAGGAAUUUCCCAAGAGGGAACACUGGCUAGACUGGGCUAAAGAGAAGUACGACGAGCGACUUAUCUCACAAAUUAAGAUGGUCAUGAAGGUGAUGUUCCUGUAUAUUCCACUCCCUAUGUUCUGGGCCUUGUUUGAUCAGCAGGGCUCCAGGUGGACGCUGCAAGCAACAACCAUGAGUGGGAAGAUUGGAAGUAUAGAAAUUCAGCCAGACCAGAUGCAGACUGUGAAUGCCAUCUUGAUUGUCAUCAUGGUCCCCAUCAUGGAUGCUGUGGUGUACCCUCUCAUUGCGAAAUGUUUCAAUUUCACCUCCCUGAAGAAGAUGACAGUUGGGAUGUUCCUGGCUUCCAUGGCCUUCGUGGCGGCUGCAAUCGUGCAGGUGGAAAUCGAUAAAACUCUUCCCAUCUUCCCUACAGAAAAUCAAGUCCAAAUUAAGGUCUUGAACAUAGGAAACGGUAACAUGAAUGUGUAUCUUCCUGGAGAGACUGUGGUACUUGACCAAAUGUCUCAAACAAACGGUUUCAAGACUUUUGAUGUAAACAAGCUGACAAGUGUAAACAUAUCUUCUCCUGGAUCUCCAGUUACUGGAGUUGACCCUACAUUUGAGGCAGGUCAACGCCACACCCUUCUAGUAUGGGCCCCCAGUGGUUACCUUGUGGUGAAAGAUGGGCUUAACCAGAAGCCAGAAAGAGGAGAAAAUGGAAUCAGAUUUGUCAACACCCUUAAUGAGAUGCUAACCAUCACGAUGAGCGGGAAAGUGUACGCAAACAUCUCCAGUAACAAUAUCAGCAGUUACCAGUUUUUUCCUUCUGGCGUAAAAGAAUACACAAUAGACUCCACGGAGAUUGCAUCAACCUGUCCACGUGACUUUAAAUCUUCCAGCCUUGACUUUGGCAGCGCCUACACCUAUGUGAUCAGACGGGCGAGUGACGGAUGCCUGGAAGUGAAGGAAUUUGAAGACAUCCCACCCAACACGGUGAACAUGGCGCUGCAGAUCCCGCAGUACUUCCUCCUCACCUGCGGCGAAGUGGUCUUCUCCGUCACUGGACUGGAAUUCUCCUAUUCCCAGGCUCCUUCUAACAUGAAGUCGGUGCUUCAGGCAGGCUGGCUUUUAACUGUGGCUGUUGGCAAUAUCAUUGUGCUCAUCGUGGCAGGGGCUGGUCACUUCGAGAAACAGUGGGCUGAGUACGUUCUGUUCGCCUCAUUGCUCCUGGUUGUCUGUGUGAUAUUCGCCAUCAUGGCUCGAUUCUACACCUACGUCAACCCAGCGGAGAUAGAAGCUCAGUUCGAUGAGGAAGAAAAGAAAAAGAGCAUAGGAAAGGACAACCCCCUCUCCACGCUGGAACCUGUCUCACAGACAAAUAUGUGAAGGUCAGGAGGUCACGGAGGCCACGGAGUCCACGGAGUCCACGGUGCACCCUGACCUCUGCCCCAAGGGGCAGAACACUCUAUUGCAGAGCCUUUGAUACGGAAGACUUCAGAAUCGUGAACCAAAAUAUUAACUAAUAACAAAGCUGUUUUCUAAGCUGCCAGCGGGAGCCUUUUAAUCUUUUUUUAAUUUUUUUAAUUUUUGUUAUUUUUGGUUUUUCAAGACAGAGUUUCUCUUUGUAUAGCACUGGCUGUCCUGGAACUUAUUUUGUAG